AUGAGCCCAAGACGGAUCGGGGCUUCCUUGGGACCUUUUCCUUGGGAACGCAAACCUAAGAGGUUGAGGUCCUGUGCCCUUGCAGACCCAAAAAAUGUGGAGUUUCAGCAUUUACCUCUGGAAUCUGAUCGCCUGGACAAACCGAUUGGCACCAGUGGAUUGAAUACCCUUUUGGACUAUGAGGAUCAGUAUUUGCGCUAUGGUGAUCUCAAAAGCCUUCCACGAUCCCAGGAUGUAUUUCGAAAAAUCGAAAAGGACCCUAUCCUAUCCCUGCGACUUCCGAGACCAGAUGCAACGGCUGGCAAAGUGCUAGAGCAUGCAUGCUGCACAUUUGAACGCUUGCUCUCUGACAACAAGCCAAUGACCUUUAAGUUUGGAAUUACACACGUGUUAAAGGCUGCAAGAAUGAGCGAAGUGGAGGGGACACCCUUCAAGCCCUUCAAGAUGCAGAUAGUGGCCAGCAGCCUCAGCCAAAUCCUCACUGCAAAGGCUGUGGCCGAAGACUUUGGAGUGGAACAAUGUGCUAAAAAUGGCAUUUCCUUAUGGUCCAAAGCUGAUGUAACACACCCUGAACGGGAUGUCUUCCGGAUUUGCAUUUUGGGUGUCAAAGGCGAUGCUCCAUAUUUGUCCAAGGUGGCUCACUUCUACAGAUCCUACAACACUUUUGCUAAACGUGGAGAUGAGAGAGGUCCACCAAAAGGUUGCUGCCCAUACUGUCUUGCAGGGACAUCCUUGUGCGCUGCUGAGGAGAUAGCCACAGCAACACCAAAAUGGUUGCCUACUGUUGCUGUGAAGCUGCCAUGGACUCGGGAGCCUGCUAUCAUCAAGCAUCUGAUGCAUGAUCGUGGUGAUCCGGCUUCGUUCUUCAAAUCGGACAUCUGGCAUGUGUUCCAUUUGGGCUUUGGUCGUUCCUGGAUUAGCAGUGUUAUCCAGUUGCUCCUACCAUUUUUGCCUUGUUCGAAUUUGGACGAAAAGUGGGACUACCUGACAGACCACUACAUGCAAUGGUGUCGUGCAAACAACAAGCAGUCCCACGUCAGCCGCAUCAGUGCGUACCUCGUGUCGUAUGGUGAUGCCACAGGAGCCAUGGGGAAUUGGCAUAAAGGAGCUCUAACAACAAAUCUGAGCCAAUGGCUUGUCGAUUUACUGGGUUCAGAAGGUCGUGAUCCUGAUGGUUUGCUGGUGAAAUGCCGGGAAGCCACAUUUCGAGUUAAUUCAUUGUUCAGCACGCUUUACAAAGCCGGCGCAUUUCUGGGGGAAUCUGAAUGUGCGCACGUUGCUGAGCAGGGCUUGCGCUUUCUAGCAGUUUAUGCAGAACUUGCGUUGCGAAUGUACAGAGCCAAUCGGCAGUUUCUGUUUCCGUUGUAUCCCAAGCUUCAUAUUUGGCACCAUCUGAUUUUAACAGUGAAGCAGUCUGGAGAGCGCAAUCAAAGCGCCAUCAAUCCAGCUAUGUACGCCUGCCAGAUCGAUGAAGACCUGAUAGGAAAGGCUUCACGACUGAGCCGAAGGGUAAAUAUCCGAAAAGUCGCUUCACGGACCUUAGAAAGGUACCUUGCAGCUGCAUACGCAGCCUUCUCGAAGGAAGGCUGGCUGUCUUAG